CGCAAGUCAAUCCCUGCCACUCCACACUAGUACACUACAGCUGAUCUACAGGACAGAAACACUGGCGAAGCUGCUCUGAGGUUGUGGAGAUCACCACUAGGAUGGAAACGUUUAAUUCAACACCAGACUACUAUGACAACUUUUCACCGGUGAUCUCUCAAACCGGGACUUGCAGCUCCAUUGACAUCAGUGAGUUUGGCAGAACAUUUCUUCCACUGUUCUACUACGUCAUCUUUACCGUCAGCGUUCUGGGAAAUGGAGUGGUUCUGCUGGUCGUCUACAAGUUUGAGAAGCUGAACACGGUCACAAAUAUCUUCCUCAUCAACCUGGUGGCCUCCAACAUCAUCUUCACCCUCACUCUCCCAUUUCAGGCGGUUUAUCACUCCAGUGAAUGGAUCUUCGGAGAGGCUCUCUGUAAGCUGGUGAACAGCGCAUACUAUCUAGGGUUCUACAGCUCCAUCCUCUUCCUCACGCUCAUGACAUUUGACAGAUACCUGGCUGUAGUUCAUUGUGUAGUGGCAAGUAAACAGCGCAGAAGCUUCUACGCUGCAUCAUUAUCUGUGACCGUCUGGAUUAUUAGCCUUCUCGCGAGCCUCGAGUAUUUCAUUCAUUUCACAGUUGAAAAGUCUCAGAUGGAUGGACUGGUGUGUGAAGACCAGAAUGAAAACGAAUGGAGGAUCUUCAGCUUCUACAAGCAGUUUGUGUUGUUCUUCCUCUUCCCGCUGGUUGUGUUUGUCUACUGCUACUCCAGGAUAACCCUAACCGUCAUGCACACUCGGAUGAUCGGUAAACACCGCACUGUGCGCUUGAUUUUCGUAAUAGUCCUGAUGUUUUUCGUGUUCUGGAGCCCAUAUAAUGUCAUACUGAUGAUAGCAGAGCAUAAGGAUCUGGAACACGAGGACUGUAACAGCGUUCUCCCCUAUGCCGUCUACAUCACCAGUAACAUCGCUCGCUUGUAUUUCUGCAUCAAUCCUGUUUUUUACACGUUUCUUGGAAGAAAGUUUCAGAAUCAUGUUCGGGGAGCGCUAAUGAGUCACGCUUCAUGUCUAACCAGUAAAAUUAGUGUGAGUGGAAGCAGCAGAUCGUUGGCUUGAGAACAACAUAUAUGGGUGAAGUGUUGUAGUGUUCAAUAUAGAGCAUUAGUUUUAGUUUUAGUGCAUGCUUGUGUUUGUAUUUUCUGUAACACUUUGUUGAUGAUUGUACUCAUACUAUUCAGCGUUUGUUUUAGUGCCUAAAUGUGCCUGUAAUUUCUUUUUAAUAGAAAAGAGCAAUGAGCUAGUGAAAGAGCUGAUGUUGUUGAUGGAUAUAAAA